AAUAUUAUAACCUAAAGGCGGUUUCUAUAAGUUUGUCUCAGACUCUCAGCACAUAAAAGAAAAGCUUCUCUCAACAUUAUUCAUCUAUCAUUAUUAUAGGAACUAACUAUGGCUUAUGGAGAUAGAAGAUCAUCGAUCUUGGAUUCAUUCUCGCUCUCACCACUACCAUACCCAGUGCUCUUGAUCCUAGCCGUUGCUUCAGUGUUCUUGUUGAGUUCAUGGUACUUCAGCUUGGAAGAUGCAGCCGAAUCAGCUGAAGAACAGAUAAAUUUUGCUCUACUCUUGAUUCCUUUGUUUCUUAUAGUCUUGGUCCGGUGGUUAUCUUCCAUGGAGAACCCUGACGCGAUUCUCGGGAUGUUUUCGAACCGACGUCGGACGACUUACGUGAGUCCUGGAGCUGGAGAUGACGGUGGAAGCUCGCCGUGGGGAGUGGCGGCGUUGAUAGUUUUGUUGCUUGUAUUGCUUCAGUAUCAAUCAAGUUUCUUGGAGAUGUGGUUUGGUUAAUGAUAUUGACAGGUUUUCACGUGUUUUUUGUUUUGUCGUUUAGUGUCACGUUGAUGUAAAAAUUUGGUCAUUACUCCGAGGUUGAGGAUCGCGUGGUUGUGUGUUAUCCGAUAUCUCCUUCUCUUGCGUUUACACGUUGUCCAAUAUUAUUGAAGGAUAGAUUCAAAAUCAAUAUUUUUAAAAACU